CUAAAGAGUGCUAAUAGAAAAACCCCAUUAGGUGGCCGGGGGAGCUCCAGGAUGGAAAUAGAUGCCCGCUUUCGCUACUAUUUCCAGCACCCGUGGUCCCGUCUCAUCGUGGCCUACCUGGUCACCUUCUUCAACUUCCUCAUCUUCGCCGAGGACCCCGUCUCUCACAGCCAGACGGAGGCCCACAUGAUCGUCGUGGGCAACUGCUUCUCCUUCCUGUUCAACAAGUACCCCGGGGGAGGGUGGAAUGUCCUGAAAGUGCUGUGCUGGAUACUGGCCGUCAUCACCGGCCUCCUGGCCGGCAAGUUUAUAUUCCACCGCCGGCUCUUUGCUCAGAUUGGAUUUGUCUUAAACUGCUUCGAGGGCCCAGAUUAG